CUCGCCCACUGACUUCAAUGGGGCUGUCAAAGGAACGUCGGGACUGAAGACGCUGGUGUGUCUGUAAUCAGAUUCUGCUCGUCGAAAAUUACAAAUAUCUCCGAAAUAUGGGAGAGGAAAUGAGAAAUAAAGCUCACUGACUGUCCAGCUGCGGGAUCAAGUUCUGGAAAUUCGGACGAAUGAAGGUGGAAUGAGAAGGCAGGUCAUGGGCAGAUGAUGGACGUUGAGUCAUCAUACUCGGAUUUUAUUAAUUGUGACCGCACGGGCCGCAGGAACGCAGUGCCAGACAUUAAGGGAGAAGAAGGGGCAGUGGUGAGCACCAGUGAACUGACCAAAGACGUGGCUCAGAUGGACCUGAAUGCAGGAGAAGCAGAUGCUGCCGCUGCUCCAGCUGUAGAAGGAGAAGCAUCAGGAAGUCAAGAGCAAAGCAAAGAAGGAGCAUCUUAAAGAUGAAGAAGAAAAAAAAGGAGCACAACCUCCUCUAUCAUCCCCCAUUUUUUUUACACUGCCAGUGAUGAGCUGCUCACAGAGGGGGCGAGCAUGCACACUGUUACCUGCCCAUGAGACUCGAAUCUAAAUCCACAAUGGAUUAACUAUGAUUAACUGUGCUUUGUGUUUUCACCAUUUCAGAGAGGAAGCACAGACCUUUUGAUGCCUUUUUUAUUCUUAACUGUAAGUUUGAACUGAAACGAUGAAAAGUAUUAAGAACUUUGGUUCAGAACUAUGAUAUUAGACAAGGAAGUACCAAAUACACCUGUUAAAAUGUGCACAUGAUUGAGUCAAAGGUUUUUUUGUUAGUUUUUUUUGUUUUGUUUGUUUGAUUAGUUUUUUUUUAAUCAACAAGUAUAGUUGUAACUGAAUGGGUAGUAGGAAAGUAUGUAUUUCCUAUUAUUCCCUGAGGUCAAUAUAGUUUGGUUUCUGUAUUACAUAUAUCUUAUAUUGUAUGUAACAUAAUUAAAACUUUCUGUUUGCUGAAA